UCUUAUGUGAGGUUUAGGCUAUACUUUCCCAAAUCGGUGGAGAGAGACUUCAGUGGUCAACUAAACAUAUCUGAAAUCCCAUGGAGUUUGUUGCUCAUGUUCUCAUAUAUCCCUGCCCUCUUCAAGGCCAUGUCAACUCCAUGCUCAAAUUUGCACAGCUCCUAGAUCUUUCCAAUUUCCAUGUCACUUUCCUAGCCACCCCCAAUAUCGACGCCCGCCUUCGAGCUCACACCGACAUAGAAUCCGACGGCCGGUUCAGCCACCGGUUCAGGAUUCAGCGUUUCCCUGCCGGAAUCUAUGAAGGUAGACCCGAUACUAGAGAAGGGAUUCUGGAGCUAAUCGAUUCCUUGCAGACGAUCGGGAAGCCGUUUCUGAAGGAACUUGUAAGGCAGAAAGACGAUUCCUGGCCGCCGUUUACAUGUUUUGUUUCGGAUUUACCGCUCGGCAUGGCGGUGGAGGUCGGCGCCGGAGUCGAUUUGCCGGUUUACUAUUUCCGUACGGCCAGCGCAGCUUCCUUUUGGAUUUACUUCUCCUGGCCGGAUCUCCUUGACGCCGGCGAGUUUCCAUUCCAAGAAACCGAAAUGGACUCUUCUAUCACAAAGGUGAAGGGCAUGGAAGAUUUUCUGAGAGCAAGAGACCUUCCACGAUUUUUCCAGCAAGAUAGCAUUCUUAGUUUUAUAUCUACUGAAACCAGGAGUGCAGUUCAAGCUCGAGCAGUCAUACUAAACACUUUCGAACAACUCGAGGGACCAAUACUCUCCCAAAUCAGAACAAAGUGUCCAACGGUGUACUCAAUUGGACCAAUCCAUGCCCAUCUCAAGGCUAAACUACUAUCCAAACCCGCCUCCUCCAAUAGUCUUUGGCAAGAAGAUCAAACCUGUAUGGCUUGGCUCGACUCACAAGAACCCAAAUCCGUGAUCUACGUGAGCUUCGGAAGCAUCGCUGUGAUUACAAAGCAACAAUUGAUGGAGUUUUGGUAUGGUCUAGUCAAUAGUGGCCAAAAGUUCUUAUGGGUGGUGAGGCCCGAUUCGAUUGCCGAAAAAUAUGGGGAAACCCCAAUUCCUCCCGAGCUAGAAGCGGGCACGAAAGCAAACGGGUACAUGGUAAGUUGGGCACCUCAAGAGUUGGUCUUGGACCAUCCUGCCAUUGGGGGAUUUUUAACCCAUUCUGGAUGGAACUCAACACUUGAGAGUAUUGUCGCGGGGGUGCCUAUGAUUUGCUGGCCGUUCAUGGUUGAUCAGCAGACCAAUAGCCGGCUUGUUGGAACGGUGUGGAAGCUAGGACUGGACAUGAAAGAUGUGUGUGAUAGAGGCAUUAUGGAGAAUGUAAUCCGAGAAUUGAUGAUUAUAAGAAAGAGUGAGUUCUUGGAGAGUGCUGAAAAUAUGGCCAAGUGUGCAAAAGAAGCUGUCACAGAAGGUGGAUCGUCUUAUUCCAAUUUUGAAUGUCUUGUUCAAGAUAUUUGCUCACUGAGAAAACCUUAAUAACCUCCUCGGUUAUUUCGAUAGCAACAUACGAAGUAUUUCAUUAUUAUUGUGGGAUUUAUGUACUAAAUUAUCAAAAUAUUUAUUGUACAUCGACUUGUACAAUUGUUACAAUCUAAAUGCAAACAAGACUUCAUUCCUAUUGUUAUGCUCUCUAGGGUUUUUCUCUUUCUCUCUCUAGAGCACCGGGGGUUCGAAGUUUGGAUUUUGCUUUUGGAUUGUUUGGAUUUUGCUUUCGGAUUGUUUGGACUUUUUGUGAGAUCGGAAUUCAGGGAUGUCGGUUCGGGAUGUAGCAGCAAGGGAUUCAGCGAGUCCAUUGGUUCGCCUCGGUUUUGCAACAACAAGGGAUCUGGUGCUCCAUCAACGAGUUCGCUUGGAGGUCCCUUGUUAGGUCGCAACCCUCCUUCUUGGAAGGAGGAAGAUGAGUGCAGGUACAUGGAAUUGCAGACGACUUGGUAAUCUGGCUACAAUUCAAUGCCCGACAGAUCAACACAAAAGUUUGACUAUGGAGGUGGUUGAGCGGCGGGCACGUCCCCCUCCUGAACCGCCACCAUGGAGUUUAAGCAAGUCUAGGGUGAUCGUGUGGUUUGGCUGGCUCGAACAGAGGAUCUACUUUAUCUGUUUUAUUUUCUCCUUUAGUGAUUAUUUAUUUUGUUGUCUGCUUUCUUUUGUUUUUGAUAUUCCUGUUUGUAAGACGUUGAUUUUUUAUGUGGGGGAUGAGAGGAAUACGAUAACCGUUUUUGGCUUUAGGUUUCCCACUUAUGGAUCAACGAAUUAUAUUGCUUCUCAGAAGUUGAUUAAUUCCGAAUCUGGUUCGUGGGAUAACGGUUGUCAGAUUUCGUUUUGUCGUUUGAUCCAUACUCUGAAUUAUCUGUUAUCAAUAUAAGCUGAA